AUUGCAUUCGAUAAUAAAGUGAUAUUUAAUCUAAAAAGUGCAUAUUAUCUCUAUACAGUGAAAUUACCACAAUAUAUGUGUUUAGUUUUAAGUCAGUGCUAUUAUUCUGGCUGAGAAAAGCAAAAAACGUGUGUAAGCACAACUUUGAAAAUGUCCCGCCUACAAGCGCCAGAGAAUGGAAGCACCUCUAAUGCUGAGUCUAUGGACCGUGAAAAUAUUAUUAUGACAGAAACGAAAAAAGGGGGACAUCGUGAACCGCACAAACGUAAAAUUUUGAAUUCGGUUAAUACUAAUUCUGAAUUGAAUACCAUUAUCGUGAAUAAUGCAAACUUAACUAAAACUAGUUCUCCCAUAUUGGUUUCUGAAGUAGAGAGCAUAGUAAAAGGUGAGUGUGGUGUCGAAGAGGAUCAAGAUAAAAAUAAAGAAGAGCAAAAUGAAUCACAAGUGGAUACCAGUGCUGAAGAAAAAUUCAUUCAAAUAAACGAUGUUACCAAUUGUUCAGUUAAUGUAAACGUCACACUGAAUGACAAGCAAUCAAUGGAAAAUUUAGAAGAAAGUAGUAAUGUUUCAAUUUAUACAAGUGAUCUAGAUCCAGAUUUGCCAGAGGGCAACCACACAAAAAAUGAGAAACUUCAAGUUCCGGUGAAUAAAACACCUGAACCUGUAGAGGAGAAAUCUGUUGAAAUUAGUACAACUCUUGACACUGAAGAGAUAUUAGAAACAAAACAAAAUCCUCAAAUGCCUAGCAAAGCUUCGGAAAAGAACGAUUUUAAAUCUUCAAAUGUACCAGACGUCACACCGACAACAACAGCAACUCCGGUUUUGGCGUCUCCAGUUUCGGCAGCAACACCAAAAGUUCGAAAUAAACCUGGAGACAAGAAAGAUAAAACUGAAACUAAUGUCCCUUCGACUGAUGUAAAGAAUGUAAAACGUUCCGCUAAAACAGGAUAUAGUGAAAAUAACAGAAGUGAAGUGAAACCUUAUGAUUUGGUAUUAAAAAAAUCAUUCAAUGUGGCACAAAUUAUAUUUAGUACCCAUAAGGCAAGACAACCCCAUACAUUUACGAGAAAGAUGAUGACUAAGUUGGUAGAAAUAUUAAAAGGGCUAAUUGUGGAUAAAAAGUGCAAUUGUGUAUUGAUACUUUCAGACGGUCCGAAUUUUUGCCAUGGAGUAGAUUUCACUGCCCUGACACAUCGUGUUAUAGAAAGACGCCGUCAAGUGGCGCAUAAUUUAGCGAAAGCAACAAAAGAUUAUUUAUAUACGUUACUCACAUUUCCGAAACCUAUUAUUGCCGGUGUUCGUGGUUCUAAUGUUGGUUUGGGUGUGACACAACUGUCACUUUUUGAUGUCGUUAUUGGCACUACUAAAGCUACUUAUGAAGCUCCAUAUGCUAAAAUCGGACAGUUACCUGAAGGUUAUUGCAUUUGGAAUAACUUACCCAAAAUCAGGGCAAACUUUAGAAUGAAAUUGUUCUUUAAUUGUGAUAAACUACAUUCUGCUGAGGCUCUUUUAUCGGGUUUGGUUAGUAAAUUUUCAUCCACAAAUGAUCUGAAUGAAGUUGCUUUAGAACAAGCUAAGAAAAUAGCUGCAUUCUCACCAGAGAUGUCUACGGCAAUGAAGAGGACAGUAGUUCUUAAUAAUUUAAAAGCUGUUGGGACGCAAUUGGACGCAGAAUUUGAAACGAUCAUUGACCAAUGGUGCUCAGACAAAUGCUUUGAAAGCUUUAGGAAAUAUAUAGAAACGGGUCAUUUCUGAUUAAAUCACUUUUUCGCAUAUAUAUACUUAAUUUUAAAUAUAUCAUACUUAAUUUUAAAGCUAAAUUGCUAUAUCAAAGUAAAUUGCAAAGGGUCUCAUAAAAGAUCUCAUAAAAUUUACAAUUAAUACAUUUUUGAGUUAACA